AUGGAGAUAGAUUGGGGAAAUUUAGAAGCACUUCCUUUAAGUUUAAUUUUUAAUAAGUUGGUAGAGCGUAUUGAUCACAUCUAUUUCAGUUUGGUAUGCAAGAAUUGGUAUUCCAUGGCAAAGUUUAAUUAUCAAAAUCGGCAAAUAAAAAAUAAUGUUUUGCCAAUGCUAAUGAUCCCAACAAAAAGUAAGCAUAGAACAAAGAGAAAUUUAUAUGGAAUUUCAUCCAACAAAAUUUACAACUUCAAACUAAAAGUGCCUUAUAACAAGAGGUUUUGUGGCUUUAGUCAUGGUUGGCUAGCAAAGGUCGAGUAUUCCAAAGGCUCCAAAGGUACAAUUAUAACCCUGAUGAAUCCUUUCAAAAAACUUGUUUACAUUCCUCUACCACCUAUCUACAUGUUGGAUAUAGUUAGAGAAAAGAAAAAUUGCGAAUGUAAUGUGCAUAAGAUAACUUUAUCUAUCAAUCCUACGACUAGGCCACAUGAUUAUUAUGUUGCAGCAAUAUAUAGCAUGAAAAAGUGUCUUGCUUUCUUAAAAGCCGGACAAAAAUUGUGGACUUAUAUUGAUAUUGAAGACUAUUGUAGAUUCAGCGAUGUUAUAUUCUACAAAGGCCUAUUCUAUGCCAUAGGAGAGUGGAAUGACAUUGUAUCUUUUGAUUUGAGUAACUUGAUGGAUGGGAAAGUCAUUCCCAAUGUUGUUUCUUCAAAGGGAGAUGAAUAUGCUCAACGGGCAUAUAUUGUGAAAUCAUUAGAAGGAGAUUUAUGGAUUAUUAGAAGAUUUAUUGAUUUUCCUGAUGAUUUUGAUGAGGAUGAUGAUGAUGAUGAUGGUUAUGAUAGUAAUGGUGAUAGAAGAUCCGGAACUAGAAGAUUUGAAGUAUAUAAGUUGGAAUUGGAUCUUCAAACGGGUAAACUUAUACAAAUGUUAAAACUUGAUAGUUUGGGAGACAAUGUUUUAUUUUUGGGUGAUAAUGAUUCGGUAUCUAUGUCAGCUUCAUAUUUCUCUAAUUAUCUACAAAAGGAUUCAAUUUAUUAUACCGAUGAUUAUUUUGAAUCCAUUUCGAUUCCUUACCCUAAUGGCCCAUUUGACAUGGGAAUCUACAACGUAAAAGAUGGAAGCUUUAGUAAACAUUGCUCUUACCAAGAUUGGUUUACACGUAUGCCACCUCCACUUUGGGUUCUUCCACCGUUCAAUGGGAUUGACAGCAUCAAAUGA